AUGUCUAAAGAAGGUGAUUACGCUGCAGUAGCGGAGGCUAUCCGCAAAAUUAUUCCCAAGGAGGGCUACGAUGAUGGCUCUGCUGGUCCCGUUCUCGUCCGUUUAGCAUGGCACGCCUCGGGUACCUACGACAAGGCUAGCGACACUGGCGGGUCGAAUGGCGCUACCAUGCGUUACAAGCUUGAGGCUGACGACGGCGCCAACUCCGGUCUCGAGUAUGCGCGUGCCUUCCUUGAGCCCAUCAAGCAGCAAUUCCCUUGGAUCAGUUACGCCGACCUCUGGACGUUUGCCGGCACGGUUGCCCUUGAGUACAUGGGCGGCCCCAAAAUUCAGUGGAAGCCAGGUCGCGUUGACUACGCCGAUGACUCCAACGUGCCCCCCAAUGGCCGCUUGCCAGACGGUGCUCAAGGCGCUGAUCAUUUGCGCCACAUCUUUUACCGUAUGGGUUUCAACGAUCAAGAGAUUGUUGCCCUCUCUGGUGCUCACAAUCUUGGCCGUACCCAUGCCAAUCGCUCUGGUUUCGAUGGUCCCUGGGUCCCCAACCCCACCCGCUUCAGCAACACAUACUUCAAGCUGCUUUUGAACGAGGAAUGGUACGAGGGCAAGUCCCCCGCAGGUGUCCGUCAAUUCUAUGACGAAGAUAAAGAUCUCAUGAUGCUUCCUACCGAUAUGGCGCUUAUUGAGGACCCCAAGUUCCGCUCGUGGGUCGAGAAGUACGCCAAGGAUAAGGAUGCUUUCUAUGAGGAUUUCGCUAAGGUAUUCGCCAAGUUGCUCGAACUUGGUAUCAAGCGUGGCCCCGACGGCAAGGCAGUUGUCAAUGUUCUUAAAGCUGAGGCCAAGCUCUAA